AUGCCACCUAAAACGACAAAAGAUCAAAAGGGUCGACAAUUAUUUAGAGUAGGCACACCGUUAAAGGAUGUGAUACCAUAGAGUGUUAAGAAUCCACCAAGAGAUCCAAAACCACUUAAAGGACCAGAAUAAAUUAAUAAAUAGAGUAUGUAGGGUAAAAUGAAUUGAUAAAUGUUAAAGAAUAUCAUCCAUUUCCUGAUCCAGAGGAAUGGCCAGGUGAUGAAGUUGUUUAAGCCAUAAAUCUUCUUUAGGGAGAUGCUUAACUUACUAAGUGCAAUUUUGAAACUGACAAAUAUGUUCCAUUUUGGAGAAGACCCAAGAAUUUUUUAAGAUAAAGAUGGCAAUAGUAAAUAUAUAAUUGAUGUUAGAGAAUCUGAACAUGAACCACCUUAUAUGGAAAUGAGAGAAAAUAGAUAUAAUAUGAAUGAUGAUUAUUAUUAGACUAGACUUGAAACAAUUGAAAAAAUACAUUUUAUGGAAAAGGAAGUUGAACAUCAAUUGACUAUUUGUGAGAGUUAUGAAAGAAUGGAAACACCUGAAGAAGUAGAAUAAAGAAGAAAAGAAUUUUUAGAAAAAUAGGCAGCUUAAUAAAAAAAUAAAAAGGGUAAUAAAAAACAAGCAGAAGAAGUAUUUGAUGAAAAUCCAAAGAUGACAUCUGAUGUUAGAUUAAGUGAUUUAAUUUGUAAUGAUACAUUACCACCUAAUUCUCGUUGGAUUGCAUCAUAAUUAUAAUAGAUUAAGGAUAGAGAUAUUAAAGAUUGUUUUACUCAAAAAUCAUUAUCAAGCAAGAUAUAUCCAUAAAAAGAUGGAGCACCAAUAUAUAAUCCAAAUGGUAAAUAUAUAGUCAAAUUAUAUUUUAUGGGAAAGGAGAGAAAAAUAUAAGUUUCUGAUCAUAUGCC